AUGUCAAUAAUAUUAGUAUUUUGUCAGAAGUCUGGCCAUCUGGACAAGAACUACAAGGGAGACUGCAACAGCCAUCGAAUCCGUCGAAAUUGGAUCAUAAAAAAGGGAAGUCGAAUCUCAUCAUCUUUGACCGUCGAAGAAGCUUGUAGACUUAAUGGUGGUCAAAUUAAACUACUGACCGAUCUCAAAAUAAGAGAAGAUCACGAGAUAGAUAAGCGUGAACAAAGUCUAAAGAAAUUGCAACAGGACGAGGCUAAAUCCCGAGAUCAGCAAGCCGAUAACCUCCGCCAAUUGCGCAUCUAUCUGGAGUGCUUAACCGACAACCCAUUCGAAGACACUGAGGAGAUUGGUGUGCCAAAACUACAAAUUCCAAAUUAUAAGUCUCCUACCAAAAGGGAACUUCAUCCCCAAAAGAGAACCCAGCACGUAGAGCAAAAGGAGUUCCAGGAUUGGGAUUUUCCUCCCAAAUCCGGGCACCCUCAGUUGCAGCCAAAUUUCCCUCCCGAAUCCGGGCACCCUCAGUUGCAGCCAAAUAUGAUGCAUAACGAAAUGGUGAGCAUACCGGUUGGAAAUUUAAACGGGGGCUUGAAGGCCACCAGCAGUGGGUCCGGAGUAGGCACCAGCAGUGUCUCCUCCGCGGUGCUAGCGAAUGCUCCUCGAGUUUACCUAACGCCCACGGCUACAUUUAUGGCCAAUCGCCAAGCGGCGGCUGCAGCAGCACAAGCCACUGGAAAGAUUGGGGGCGCCACUAUAGUCGGUGUUGGUUCUGCUGCCUCAUCCAACGCAGCGACAGCAUCGUCCCCCGGCACUGUUCGCUAUUUUUCGCAAUUUAGCAAACUGCCAACGACUGGAGGUAACGCUGUACCCAGUUUGCAAAAGAAAUUGGUCAAUGGCGAUACCAUCGUGCUAUCUAAUGGCUCCAAAAGCCGAAUCCUAACCAGCAACAAAUUAGAUGAGACUGUGAUUAAGAACAAUGCUGACGUGGAGAAGGCGUCUGUGGCCAGCAGCCAGCAGGAUCAGCCGCUGGAGUUGGUGGCGAACAAUUCAACCGAUGGCGAAGAGCCGGAACUGGACAUUACCAUCAAUAAUGUGGUGUGCUCGUUUAGCGUUCGCUGUCACUUAAAGCUGCGCGAAAUUGCCUUAAAUGGAUCCAAUGUGGAGUAUCGUCGGGAGAAUGGGAUGGUGACGAUGAAGCUGCGACAUCCAUAUACUACAGCCUCGAUUUGGUCUUCGGGCAGGAUCACGUGUACGGGGGCCACCUCCGAACCAAUGGCCAAGGUCGCUGCCCGUCGCUAUGCCCGAUGUUUGGGCAAAUUGGGCUUCCCAACCCGUUUCCAGAACUUUCGCAUCGUCAAUGUCCUGGGUACCUGCAGCAUGCCUUGGGCUAUAAAGAUUGUCAACUUUUCGGAACGGCAUCGCAAAAAAGCCAGCUAUGAGCCAGAGCUGCAUCCGGGAGUCACGUACAAAAUGAUUGAACCCAAAGCCACACUUAAGAUCUUCUCCACGGGCAGUAUAACCGUGACAGCGGCCAGCGUUAAUGAUGUGGAAGCGGCCAUUCAACACAUUUAUCCGCUGGUCUUUGAGUUCCGCAAACAACGUUCAGCUGAGGAGCUGCAGCAUAUGCGGCAGAAGCAGCGCCGCCUGACCGGAGGCAUUGAUCCCAAUGAGCUGGAAGAGAUUAUCGUUUCGGAGAAUAGGGCGGCGGCCAUUAAUGAUAUAUUCGUGAAUACGACGGCUGCCCACAUGAACAAGACGGAUCAAAACAACACCACCGUUUCCAAUUCCGCCAUCAGCGGUAGUGUCGGCGAUUCAGCGAUCAAUAAUGUUCAGCGUUCUAAGCAAUUGGAGGGUUACCGCAAUAUGAUGCAGCAGACCCAGGAGGAGCGACGCCAUAUACCGUUUCACGGUAGCACUAACAGCACUACCACCGCCACUGCCUUGAAUGCCAGCAAACCCUCAACCUCUGCUACGUCCUCGUCCUCAUCGACGUCUGACAAUAUUUGUGCCAGUGCCCGUCGCCGGGCCACAGAAUGCUGGGCCACCAAGCUUCAGAAUAAGCGGCCACGUUACAACGCUGCUGCAUCUGUUACAGCUGGUAAUGCCUUCUCCCAUACCGCCUCCACAUCAGCCCAAGCCCAAGCCCACCUGCGCAAUCCACUUAAGACAGCCGCCCUGGCUAAUGCCAGAAUGCGGACCUGGGAGUAG